CGGCUAGCGAGUCUGUUUUCGAGUUGACACCCUCCCCAAACCUCGGCAGCAGCUAAGCUGCACAGUCGACAUGGCAAGAAAAUAUCGCAACAAUUUCCUAAAGAAAGAUGAAAAUCUUCCAAGUCUUUUGGAAUGAUAUUCAUCACGCGAUGUGAUCCAAAAUCCACAAUGUGUGAGAACAUUUAAGAACGAUUGAGUUCGGAAGAAAACAUUUUGAUUCCAGUGGAAUCUUCCAUAUAUAAAUAUAUAUAUUAUUUGAUUUCUUUUCUCUGUGUUAAAACUUACACACAUUUACACACACGUGUCCCAUCAACAUAUAACCAUGCCAGUCCAAGCACCACAAUGGACAGAGUUCCUGCUGUGCCCGAUCUGCACACAGACAUUUGAGGAGACUGUUCGCCGGCCCAUCAGCUUGGGCUGUGGACACACGGUCUGCAAGAUGUGCCUGAACAAGUUGCACCGUAAGGCCUGUCCGUUUGACCAGACAGCCAUCAGCACAGACAUCGAGCAGCUACCUGUCAACACGGCCCUGUUGCAGCUGGUGGGAGGCCAGGUUCCUAAGGCUCAGCCAGUUGCCUUGAUUACCAGUCCGGAGGACUCGCAGCAUUAUGAGGAGGCCAGGCAGUGUGUGGAGGAGCUGGCCCUCUACCUCAAACCUCUCAGCAACACAAGAGGUGUGGGUCUGAGCAGCACAGCCCAGAGCAUGCUAAGUCGGCCCAUGCAGAGGAAACUGGUAACUCUGGUCCACUGCCAGCUGGUGGAGGAGGAGGGCCGUGUUAGAGCCAUGAGAGCUGCCCGCUCUCUGGGCGAGCGAACUGUCACCGAACUCAUCUUGCAGCACCAGAAUCCACAGCAGCUCUCCUCCAAUCUGUGGGCUGCUGUCCGUGCACGAGGAUGUCAGUUUCUCGGGCCGGCCAUGCAGGAGGAAGCUCUAAAGUUGGUCCUUCUAGCUCUAGAGGACGGUUCUGCUCUAUCCAGGAAGGUGUUGGUUCUCUUUGUAGUCCAGAGACUUGAGCCUCGCUUCCCACAGGCCUCUAAAACUAGCAUAGGCCAUGUGGUUCAACUCCUCUACAGGGCCUCCUGCUUCAAGGUUACCAAACGUGAUGAGGAUUCAUCCCUGAUGCAGCUUAAAGAGGAGUUCCGAACCUACGAGGCUCUGCGUCGCGAGCACGACUCUCAGAUAGUUCAGAUUGCCAUGGAGGGUGGGCUGCGCAUCGCACCUGACCAGUGGUCCUCUCUGUUAUAUGGAGAUCAAUCUCACAAGUCACACAUGCAGUCUAUCAUAGAUAAGCUGCAGACCCCAGCAUCUUUUGCUCAGAGUGUUCAGGAGCUGACGAUUGCGCUGCAGAGGACCGGAGACCCAGCCAACCUCAACAGACUGCGGCCUCACCUGGAGCUGCUGGCAAACAUUGAUCCAAGUCCUGAUGCUCCCCCUCCUACGUGGGAGCAGCUCGAGAAAGGGCUGGUUGCAGUGAAAACAGUGGUGCAUGGUCUGGUGGACUUCAUUCAGAACCACAGCAAGAAAGGAGCUGACCCUCAACAGCCUCCUCAACACAGCAAGUACAAGACAUACAUGUGUCGUGACAUGAAGCAGAAGGGAGGCUGUCCUCGCGGAGCCAGCUGCACCUUUGCUCACUCUCAGGAAGAACUGGAGAAGUAUCGUAAGAUGAAUAAGCGCCUGGCAGCUCGCCUCCCUGGCUCAGGAGGGCUCAUGCCAGAUGACGGCCUUCCUCUUGAUGUAGCAGUGACCAGGAAGCCUUCACCCCUCACCAAUGGCGCACCCUCUUUGCCCCAGUUGAUUGCCCGUGGCACCGACACAGUCCCAUAUGAGCUGUUGCGUAAACCCAUGAAGAUGGACGGAGGGAGUCCCAGUGCCCCAGGAUCACCACCUGAUCCCAUGGACCAGAUGCCCAAACCCGGUAUGCCACUGCCACCUCAUGCCAUGGCCCACCCAAGGAUGCCAGCGGACCACCUCUCUGGGGUAAAGCACAUGCCAGUGGUGGCCAGAGGUUCACCAGUGUACCCCCAGCCACAGCUCUCUGAUAUGUGCUACGACGCUCGCCCACCACCCUCUGUUUCUCAGUAUGAACCCUCACAAUAUUCCACAGGGUACCCCUACCAGCAGCCACAGUAUGUUCCCCGGGAUUACAUGCGUAAUCCUCCUCCACCCAGUGAGUCAGGGCCCCCUUAUCAGGACCCCUACCCUGGCUACGGCCCUCCAGAACGCCCAUACCAGGCCCCUCACGCCGGUCCACCCUUCUCUUACCCACAUCCUCCACACCAUGAUCGGGGUCGCCAUGGGACCUAUUCUGGCCCACCACCCCCUCCACAGGCUUACCAAUCUCAGAGGGAUGGCCUGGUCAGAAUGAGCCCUGCCCCUCUGGACGUCCCUGCACCGUCAACAGCACAGGCCAAUUCACUUUACCACCAGGAGCAUAGUGCACGGGAUAGAUACCCUCCAGAUGGCUACUAUCCACCAGGUGCCCAGCCUCCACCCAUGAGGACCUAUGUCAGGGGACCAUCAUAUGGUGGGUCACAGCCCAGCCUUGACUACCUGCACCGACGUCGCCAGGAGCUGUUAUCGCAGCUGGAGGAAAGGAAGGUCAUCUCUCCUCCACCAUUUGCUGCCUCCCCCACUCUUUCCCAUUCCUUCCCCAGUGACUAUCCUCCAGAGUAUGGGGAGGAGAGCUCAAAAACCAUGAUGAAAUGCAGAGAGCCUGACUACGCAGGGCAAUACUCCCCCUGGUCUUGUGAAACCAUUGGCUCCUACAUUGGCACAAAGGACGCCAAACCCAAAGAUGUUAUGGUUCCUGGCACCAUGGAGAUGAUGAAUGUGGAAGCUAAGGAUCUGAGAGAACCAUCGCUGGAGGCUCCUAGGAGGGGUACAGAAGUCAAGGAUGAUGACCCGAUUAUCCCGUUUGGCCCCCAGCCCACUGUAUCACGCUUCGGUGCCAUUUCUCGCACCUCAAAGACUGGCUACCAGACCACCUGCCCAGUGCAGGCUAUGGCCUCCACUCCCCAGAACCCAAACUCUAAACAUAUGGCUAUGCCAGAAUACACAUACGGAGGCCAUGUAGGAUGGGGUGGAGCUUCAUACCCCUCCCACCAGACUGCCUCUGCCUCUCAGGGACACUUAAGUGAGCGCCUACCUAUGGCAGCCCCAGACAGAGAACAGUUAAAGAUUGAGCUGCAGCAGGUCAACCAACAGAUCAACCAACAGACCCAGAUGCGAAGCAUGGAGGCUGCCAGUAACUCUCUGCUGCUGCAGAGGGAGGCCAGCGCAUUGGCAGGACAGCCUGUGCAGUCCAGCCAGAGCCAGGCGGCAGCAGUAGCCCAGCAGCAGCAGCAGGCCAAGUGGCCAGCAGGGGGAGCAAAUACAGUAGCUGUAUCCAGUGAACAGCUAAGCCUGGAGCUCCACCAGGUGGAGAGAGAGAUUGGCAAGAGGACCCGUGAGAUGGCUUUGGAAAACCAAGUAGCCCAUGAUGUUCAGCAGUACAAGAUGAAACCUGCAGAGAAUGGACAACCAGAGCACAAGACACAGCUGGAGGAAAUCUCGCUGGCUCUUGGCGAGGUGUCAAAUGGCUCCAGCAGUCUGCAAGAAAGUGCAGUGGGCGGGUCCAUGCUGUCACUGACCAAUAAGACGUCUGCGUUGAGCAUGUGCUCUGAUCCUGGUGCCACUGGUUCAGAGAUGCAGAAGAAUGGCGUUGUCCAUUCCUGCUCUUAGGCAGUACACACACACACACACACACACACACACACACACACAAGAUGCUCAAUUGAAAAGCAUGCACAGGCACACACACACACACCCAUUCUAUUUAGAAGAUGAGCAGUAUCUGCCGUGAUAUGAAUUUUCUUUCUUUUUGUUCUGUGAAUGAGCUUUUUUUAAUGACUUUCCUUGCCUGGAAACCAGGGCAUAUGAUAACAUUUCUUGUGUGUGUUUAAUUUUUUUUUUCAUUCUUUUUUUGUACUGGGAUUAUAGAUUAACAAGGCUCACAAUAGAUAUAUUAGGAAGAGAAAUGGUGGUGACGUUGACAGUGGUAUUAUAAUUACAUUCAGCAUGGAUAGGCCUAUUCCAUCUUUCAUUAACACACAAACAUUAAGUAUUUGCCUGAUCCUCCUCAUAUCAGAUUGUUUUCGGCAUACAUAUAAAUGAACGGUUAGAUACAAAGGAGCAGGUCAGUAAGCACUAUCUCAACACAUCGCAUGCACUCUGAGGAACCUCUGUUGUUACAAUUUGACUAUCUAUGAAGACGAUGUAGGAAGUGUGUCGCUUGGUACUCACCCCCAGAAUCGUAAAAAAGAAAAAAAAAAGUGGUUGCCCAGAUCUAGAUGGUCUGAGGAGGGAAAAGCAUUAGUAUUCCACCAGUAUUCAUCUGAAACAGAAAUGCGAGGUGUUUUUUAGAAAUCACUUUAGCACCACAUGCACGUCCUCACCUGCCACGAGAAGUAUGAUUUUAUUAGUGCAUUUUAUGAACACAUCAUAUAUCUGUUUCAUACUUGAAAAGCAGUAUAUUAUAUUUAAUUGAAGCAUUCUGUUUUAAGGAUUGCAACAAGUCUUUUUGAUAAUGACCUUUCCACAUGUUUUCUAUAAGGGAAUCUACCGUGCUUCUCUCGGUCGUGGUGUGACCUCGUGGUUCGGUCGGCUUUCGCCUGUUCUCCGUAGGGCUGCAUUCAGUCCAAGCAGAUUAGGUUAUGAAAUCCUUCACAGCAUGCUCAAAAAAUGGCUGAGUUUUCUGGUUAUAUGCAAACGAUCAGGCUGAGAGAGUAGCUCUUUCAGCCUCAGGAGUCAGGUGAAUGAGUGUAAACCUGUCUGUCAGGGUAAAUAAGGAUUUCCCUCCUCAGAGCUUCUCAUCUGGCCACACAAAAGGCCUCCCCAUUGGGAUUAUCUUGUCAUUUGUUCUCCUAACUUCUAUGAAGUUGCCUUCCCUUGUGGUUUUUUUUUUUUUUUGGUCUAAUUUUUUUCAUGCUUUUGUGUUGUUAUGAUUUGGGGGGUGUGGCCUACCCAGUGAAGGCUUUAUAGAGUUGCGCGCAUGUCCUCCUCUCUGUCAUGAAAUGGUUGAAUUCCAAGCAAAACCCAGACUUAUCUUUUGUGCUCGUAGAAAGGAAACUGUUGUAGCGUUUUUAGCUUCACACAGUACUUUUGAAAUCAUGUUUACAGCUGAGGAGAUUAGCGUUGGUCUCUGGGGGGGGGGGGACACACCAGACAGUCAAAUAUAGCUAUCCACACAAAAAGCAGAUGUGAUUAUAUUUAAACAUCUUUAUUGGAGAGUUGUACAACAUUCUGUUCUCACUUUCACAUUUUCUUUCUCACACCUCAAUGUCAUCAUCACCACCAUUGCCACUAUUAUUGCUCUUUCUCCAUCAUGUCAAUUGUUUACUGCUGAUGCUCGACAUGGAGCUCUUUGCCUUUUGUAAACAGUUAGCAUGAUGGGCUACAGUUUUAUAGCUCUGCUGAGAGCGAGUGAGUCCUUGUGUUUGAACGGUUGAAGGAUAGAGGAGACGCUCCAGGGCAAGUCGCUUAACGCUGAGCUGUCGUUCAGGUCAGACGAGGGGUUCUGUGAAACUGACAGUUUGACAAAUCCCUGAUAACUGAUGAGUCAAAUAAAUAAAGACACAAAUGUUUUGUGGAUUAUUUGAUGGGCAUCUUUUCCAGUUAGUCAGCACCAUGAAUAGUGGAUGUUUGGGUUUUUCUUUUUUUUUUUCCUUCAAAUUUUCCUACCACACUUCAGGCCUCUGGCUGCUCCUCGCUACAUUUAUUGUUUAGGUACACAGCUCACUUAUACAUAUGAGUAUGUAUACAUACAUUAAUAUACUAAAGCACUAUUAAUGUGCCACCUCUUAUUUUACUCGCUCAGCAUUUAUAUUAAAUGAUCUCUACUAGAAUCAGCAUUUUUUUUUUUGUUUGUUUUGUUUGAUUUGUUCUCUGUCCACUGGUUGCCAACACAGACUUUAUCCUUUCCCAGACGAAGGACUUCUGUGCGCAUUGAUGUGUGUUCACUUAAUCUUUUGUGUUCAAACAAAGAUGUUCUUUAUAGACUAUGCUUCCGAAGAAGACAAAAAUUCUGUAACUUUGGAAAAUUUAUGGAGACGUUUUGUGUGUGCUAGAUUGUAUUGUAGAAAAUGUACCCUAUUUUUUUCCCUCAAAGUGUGCUGUACUGGGUGAUAGUGUUGAGGUAUUAGAAAAGUGUUUGGGGUUUUUUCCCCACCCCUGCCCUACAAGAGGAUAUUCAGGAAGUCUCUGAUGAAAGGUUGGCCUUAAAUCCUCUUGCAAUGCUCCUUUACCUUGUCUGCUUUAGGCGCAUGAGAUAAUCUCAAAAAUAGUAAUUUACACUGAAUUGGCAUGACUUAGAGUCAUACAAAGAGACUCUAGUAGAUUUCCCCUAUUUUGAACAUUUCUUAUGAAACUACAAUAAUGCAAAUCUGUUAUGAUUUGACGCAAAAUGUGUAUUUUUUAUUUUUAAAGGAAAAGUUGACCUAGCUUUUUUUUUUUCUUUCUCUUGUUUUUUUGUUUCUGCAAUAGUUGAGUGAAUUUACUGACCUACAAGUCUUACAGUCUUUAAAGCAUCAUCUGACCUGAUGUGUAGUCAACAGCUAUAAGAGUAUCUGAGUGACAUUCACACAAUAACUUUUGUUCUGCAGUUAUAAUUCCAUGAAUUGGCGACAUUUGAUGGUGUUAAUUCAGUGCGUUGUUUUUUCACUUCUCUCAGUGCGAGUCAACCAAAACUAUCACAAUGUUGAUUCUACCUGCUGGGUCCCCCCUGCAGGUCCGAAUGAGCCUAAAAACGCCUUUAGCUUAGCAGAACUGACAUAUGACAAUGAUGAAUGGGGUGGUUUACUUUGUAGUAAAUAGCAAAGAUGUUCAUUUCAAUCUCUUGUGUGUUUUUGUUUCUGAGUGGAACUGCUGCCUCAACGCCUCAUUUACAUAAUUAACCCCUCCACUCCCACCCUUGACCACUGAACUCUGUUACUGCUGUUUGAGGCUCACAUUUUAUUCCCUGACUUUCUGGGGAAAUUCGCAAAUGGCUAUUUUAUAUGAUUACUCCCUUGUAAAAUAUCUCUUAAAUUAAGGUACAGGUUUGAUUUCAGCAAGAAAAAAGAAGUUUUUAUAUGUAUAUUAUACUCCAUUAAGGAAUGUCUAGAAUUAUCUUCCUCCAAUGUGGAUGUAGCCAUUAUUACGCCAUUUUAUGACUUUGUAAGAGAAUUCACUGUGUGAAAAUUGGUUUGCAUUUUUGUAUAAUACAAUCUGCUUUUUUUUUUCGUUUGAUACGAGAGGGAGGUCAAACUGGAAGUUUGAAGAGAGAAAAAAAUGAACCUGUGAAAUUGAGAAAACAAAGUGUAACUUAUGUACAACAGUGAUUCUAAGCUGAGGGGAAAAGAUUAAAUGAUAUUGCUAACUCA